GGGCAGCCAUCUUAGAGAACAUCCAGCGGCUGGCAGUGAGGAGAAGUGCUGCGCUAUUUUACCUGGCCCUGACUACUGUUCCCGGUGACCAGAGGGGAGAGUGGCAGAAGGAGAGUAGCUGUGUGUCUUCCCCCAACAUCUCGGAGCCUGACCCAGCAUGUGGUCAGCAGGAGAAGGACAGCUGUAGGAGGAAGGAGGGAGAGACCUGAAAUAGGAUCCCACCAAUCAGAAAACUGUACAACUUCCCCAGGAUACCAAUGAAUAUGGGCAGAAUAGCAUGCAGAGUGUGGAGCUUCUAGACCUGCUGUUUGAUUUCCAGGAUGGUAUUCUUCGCCAUGAAUAUUCAACUGCAGAGCCAUUCUGGACUAGCUCUGAGCCUAGCAUUCCUACUCAGGACGAGGAUGCAUUUUUGUCUUUACUAAUGGUAUCUGAUGACUCCCCAUCAAACUCAAAUCUCUGGUCACCGGCAGCUAGCGACAGUGGAGUAUCUGAAGAUGCCCAAUCAGAUCAACAGGACAGUCCUUUCCAGUACCAGUAUACAGACUCUUGCCAUGUGAUGCCCAACCUGAGGGAUCCUCAAGAACCAGAUGUAUCUAUAGAUCUGAGUGAGCAUGCAGACAUGUGGACAGGACAGCUAAGCCAUGAGGCUAAUCCUAAAAUACCAUCUCAGAUAGAGAUGUCUUAUCCUCUGACUGUAAAAGAUCUUCUGCUAUCAAGUAGUUUUGACAUGCAGCAAACCUACACUCUUCCACUGACUGGUCGUAAUGGCGGAAACUGUGGAGAGUUAGUACUAACGGAAGAUGAAAAGAAACUUCUCUCAAAGGAAGGAGUAAUGCUGCCUACUCAGCUGCCACUCACCAAGUAUGAAGAACGUGUCCUUAAAAAAAUACGUCGCAAGAUCCGGAACAAACAAUCAGCUCAAGAAAGUCGAAAAAAGAAGAAAGAAUACAUGGAUGGACUGGAGACCAGGAUGUCUGCAUGCACAGCCCAGAAUCAGGAGCUUCAGCGUAAAGUUCUUCAGCUGGAGAAACACAACAUGUCCCUUCUUGAGCAACUGCGCAAACUUCAGUCCUUGGUCUCCCAGUCUGCAGGAAAGGCAGCUCAGACAGGCACCUGUGUGGCAGUACUAUUGCUGUCUUUCUCUCUAAUCAUCUUCCCCUCCAUGAGCCAAUUUACAAGAAACAAAAACCAAGAGGGCAAUGAUUUCCUUCCUGUCAGAGUCUUCUCCAGAUCCUUGCAUAACGCUGCCUCCUCCAGGAUAUUUAAUUUACCGAGUGAGAGCAGAGACGCCACACACUGGGCGGGUCCAGGAAACCAGGCACAAAACAAAGAACUGAAGUCACUAAGAAAAUAUCUGGAUGCAGUUUGGUCUAACCAUACACGACAGUUUAUGGAAGAAGAUACAGUCAAACUGAAGAAUCAGACAAGGCUGACAAAUACAAAGACUGUUUUAGAUAAAGAGAGCAGUAACAUAGAAAUAGUGAGUGGUGGCACGAAGGAUGAUUCUGCGACACAACAGGUGAUAACACAGGUGUUUUGGAAAGAGCCCUUGAAACAAGAGGGAGAGCUGUAAAUACACAGAAAAUAUAAAUGAGAGGGUGUGUGAAUGUAAGACCACAUAAUCAGAGCAUUUAACCAGACAUAUGAUCAAGGUUUACAACUCGUGUAGUCAAAAGAACCAGCUAGUCCAUAUUUGGAAGAACAGCGAGAGCAUACAUUUCAUAAUUUGUUUUUGUAAAUUGAAGGAUGUUUUUAUAUCCAAAAGGGAAUGCUCUUGCAAGGAAAUGUAGCCCAAUAAACAAAACUUAAGAUGAAGAAAUGACAAUACAUCCAUGAAAAGCUAGAGUUAGUUACUUAUUGUAAAUAGAUGGGUUCAGUAUGAUUUACUGAUGGACACAAUACCGACUGUCAUAAUCCCGACAGUUAUUGACCUACAGUCAAAAUACCGACAUUCAUUAUACCGACAUGUUCAAAAUGCCGACAGUCAGAAUACAAACAUAUGAAAUGCUGACAUGUCAAAAUACCAACAUGAGUUUUAAUGUUUUUUGUGUCAAUGUUGACAUAGGUCGACAUGGACACCAUCUAAGUGCACCGCGUCCACUCGCCAUGCUUCGGGCACGGUGCCUCGCUGCGCUUAGCACGCUAUUAUAUUCCCCCUCCAGGUCCACUGAGAUGGUAAAGUAUGAACAAGUCUGUUUUUGGGCAGAAAUUCUUUAAAACCGCAUGUCGGCAUUUCAAUUGUCGGUAUUCUGACUGUUGGUAUAAUGAAUGUCGGUAUUUUGAUUGUAGGUCAAUGGUUGUCGGGAGUAUGAAUUACUUAAAAACAUGUCAGCAUUGUGUCAUGUCUGCAUUUCAAAUGUCGGUAUUCUAUGUCAGCAUUUUUAACAUGUCGGCAUAAUGAAUGUCUAUUGUGACCGUGUCUGUAUUUUGUAAAUCAAUGGCUGUUGGGAUUAUGAAUUCCUGAAAACCACAUGUCGGCAUUUUGACAUGUCGGCAUUUCAAAUGACGGUAUUCUGACUGUCGGCAUUUUUAACACAUCGACAUAAGAAUGAUGGGAUUAUGACCGUCGGUAUUGUGUCCUUCGGUAAAUCAAUUGCUACGCACAUAGGGGGUGAUUCCGAGUUGUUCGCUCGUUGCUGAUUUUCGCAACGGAGCGAUUAAGGCAAAAAUGCGCAUGGUUCGCAGUGCGCAUGCGGUUAGUAUUUUAACACAAAACUUAGUAGAUUUACUCACGCCCGAACGAAGAUUUUUCAUCGUUGAAGUGAUCGUAGUGUGAUUGACAGGAAGUGGGUGUUUCUGGGCGGAAACUGGCCAUUUUCUGGGUGUGUGCGGAAAAACGCAGGUGUGUCAGGGAAAAACGCUGGAGUGUCUGGAGAAACGGGGGAGUGGCUGGCCGAACGCUGGGCGUGUGUGUGACGUCAAACCAGGAACAAAACUGACUGGACUGAUCGCUAUGUGUAAGUCUCGAGCUACUCAGAAACUGCUAAGAAAUUUCUAUUCGCAAUUCUGCUAAUCUUUCGUUCGCAAUUCUGCCAAGUGAAGAUACACUCCCAGAGGAUGGCGUCCUAGCGUGUGCAAUGCUGCUAAAAGCAGCUAGCGAGCGAACAACUCGAAAUCACCCCCAUAGACAGAUACAGUAACAAUGGAAUUAUACAUUGAUUUAAAGCAAAGCGUAGCUAAACUAAAACCAAGAUUCUAAAGGGGGGUACUCACGGGAGAGAUGUGUGCUGAGCGAUCUUAACACAGACCGCUCAGCACACAUCUCUCACCCCGCUCAGCACAGCGCGAUGUGCUGAGCGAGGGGGAAAGCCGACAGGGGGCCGCUCACUUCACACAACGGUGAAGUGAGCGACCCGCUAGAUUGAGCCUGCAUGCAGCUCAAUCUAGCAUCGGCGAUAGCGAUGCGCGGGGCCGCGCAUCGCUAUCGCUGGAGGGCAUACACACGGCAGAUCCGUGCUUAAAAUCUAAGCAAUCUAGCAAGAUUGCUUAGAUUUUAAGCACGGAUCUCUCCGUGUGCACCGCCUUAAUGCUUUAAACUGAUUUCAGACAUUAUCCUUUAUGGGUGGGUCUCUUAAUCGGGACACUAAAAUAGUAAUUGAUUAACCCCAACUGACCGUAUUUGGCACUCAAGUCUGACGAUUUUCAAAGGUUUUUAAUCGUAUCUUGGGCUAAUUAUUUAGAUAAUAAAUUGACACAUUGGGAUGAUACCGUUCUAUUCUGGAGGCCGUCAAAGGCAGCCAUGUGAGGUCAUGUUAUACAGUAUAUCUCUAAGCUUAAACAGGAAUCAACAAAACAAUAUGAAGCACUACAAGGCUGCAGUUUCAGGAUUUAGGUGAGAUCAAGCCGAUCACUCUAGUACUAAUCUAGACUUAUCUUCAGAAUAAACAACUUCUUGAAUAAUUUAUAACUCUGCAGGCUAGAACUCUUCUUGACUACACUAAACAAAUGUAUUACAAAUGGGGGAAAUAGUCAGGGAAGUUACUCACACUUAUGUCUAGGCCCUGGAAGAAAUGCUCCUUUCUGCAGUAACUGCUAUUAAGGAUCCCUUUCUAGAAAGAAUUUAUGCUGCCACUAUAUAUUUUCCCAUUUUCACAUUUAUUAUAUUACUUUAUACCAGUCUAUUAUUCCUGAGGGAGGAAGUUUCAAGAAUGGAUGCUUUUUGGGCUGCUCAAUUGCCCAAACUGACACCGCAACGGGAUAUUUUAUGUAGGGACAUUUCGGAGAAGGAAUUGCAUAAAGUAACAGAAAAUUUGCUUCCGCAUAAAUCUCCUGUACCAGACGUAUUUUCCGGCAUUUAUUAUAAGUUAUAAAAACCUGAUUUAACACCUACAUUACUGGAAUUAUCUAAUAGGAUGUAAUUUAUGAUACUACUACCUGAUGAUGAGUGGCCAUACUAUCUAUUACAUUAUUAUAAUACUCCAGUCAUUUCAGUACACAGGCUGGAUUUGAAUGUGAUGUAUUAUUCAUUUAGCACAGAAUCAGAGAGAAUUUGUGGGAGCAGGUGUGUGUGACAAGUCAUAUGUAACCCUUUACAUUUGCUAAUUAUAUCUUGCAAAUGUUAUUUUUUUUUUCUCCUUUUACUAUGUCCUAUACAUUUUUUAUUUGUAAAUAAAGAUAUUUUCUGACAACAUUCAGAAAUAUAUAAAUUGACACCGUCGACAUUGAGCUAUACAUAGAAAUAAAAUUCUAUGGCAUAUAUUUACGAAUGUGUACUUUUUUUUGGAAGUGGAGAUGUUGCCCAUAGCAACCAGAUUCUAGCUAUUAUCUUCUGAAGCAGCUAGAUCAGGCAUUCCCAACCACGUUCCUCAAGGCACACUAACAGUGCAGGUUUUAGUGAUAUCCAGGCUUCAGCACAGGUGACUUAAUUAGUAGCUCAGCUAUUUUGAUUUAACCAUCUGUGCUGCAGCCUGGAUAUCACUAAAACCUGCACUGUUGGUGUGCCUUGAGGACCGUGGUUGGGAAUGCAGGAGCUAGAUAAAUGUUAAGUGGGAUCUGAUUGGUUGCUAUCGGCAACAACUCCACUUAAAAAAAAAGCCCAAAAUACUUCACACCUUACUAUAUAUACUCCCAUGACUGUUAAAGGAAGUUAUAGAAAAUCACAGUUUUAACAAUGUUUGCUUCUAGCUGGGGACACAGGAAAAUGCCCAUUAUGCUCAUGUCAACUUACACAGUAACAUUAAAAUUGCAUUUUAAACUUU